AUGGAAAUACCUGAUGUCAAUCGCCCAAAAAGGCCUUCUGAUGAUUAAUCAAAUAUAUCAAUGCAUUAAGGUUCAUUUUAUCAAUCAAACGAUACCUAAGUUAACCUUUACAAAAAGAAACUUCUUCGAACUGUUAUUGGAAUUUCAGUUGUAAUACUGUUGAUCAUUAUAGAAAGAAUUUUCUAUGAGGUGUUUUUAGAUAAUGAAGUAACAUUAUUGCAUAACAUACAAAAUGGACUAGGAUUGAUUGAAGAAAUCACAGUUAAAUAAGAGAACGAAGCAGAAAUUACUUUUUGGAAGUUUAAAGCCCACUGGUUCUGGGACAUGUUUGGAUAUUUAGAUCUCUUUAAGUAUAAUUUCUUGAUUCUUACUGCUUUUAUUGGAACUAUGUUUGUUUCUAUUGACUCAUUAAUUGCUGUCAAAGUUGGUUAUAUGGGAAUCUACUCAAACUAUUUGAUUUCUUGCUUAGAAAUGGUUUAUGGCGGUCCUCGCCCUUUUUGGUAGAGUGAUACUAUUGGCUCACCUGUCUGCUUAAACACUUACAGUCAUCCUUCUAGAAGCGCUUUCAUACUAUAUUUCUUAAUAUUUUACACAGUUUUUUGCUUUAGAAGAAGAGUUAUUAAUAGAGAUAUGGAUGAUUAAUCUAAAAUUUCAAUUAAGUUCAAAAUAUUUGAGAUUGCUUUGAGUAUUUUCGUUUUGCUUUUGGUAUUUGUAAAGUACAUUAUGGGAAGCGACUUUAUCAUUAACAUUUUACUUGCAAUAAUGUAUUUCUUGAUUUAUUACUACUCGCUGAAGUUUAUGGACAGCUACAUUGAUAGCUUGAUACAAAAAUCUACCAUUCAAGAAAGAUCAGCAAAGAAAUAUGUUUUCUACUGGUUUUUAUAUUUGGUUCUCUCAGAAACAUUCGCAACUAUCUUAUACAGCUCCUAAGAUUAUUAUGCACCAACUGAUUGGAUUACAAAUUUCAUACAGUGUUCAUAUGCAAAUGGAACUCUAAAUGGAGACUUACCAUACGAUGAAAUAUUAGGACCUUGGUUUACUUUUGUUUAAACUUCCUGCUUGUUUGCUUUAAUAGGUGCUGUAUUUGGUGUAGCUUAUACCUAUAGAAAUACUGCAAAAAAUUAUAAUUGGUACAGAGGAGCACUCAAAAAUAGAAUUUAUAGAUCAUUGAUUUUAAUUUUAUGUAUGGGGCCAUCAAUUGUUUUAACGGUAUUCUAAGGAGAUAUAGUAGAAACAAAUUGGGUUAAAUAAAUUGGCAUUAACGAAUUCUUUUUAAGUGCCUUCCACUACUUCUUUUUAUACUUCUUCUUAUUUGGUGUUUUACCCUCCAUAUUCAAGAAAAUUGGUCUCAUAGAAGACAUUGACGAAGACGGCUACAACAUUCUUUAAAAUCAUUAAUAACUAAGCUUUAUCGGCAAUAGAUCACAAUUCAGAACAAUAAAUGACUAAAGAUAAGAAAAUUCAUAAGAGUGA